AUGUGGCAGCUGCCUGAGCCCGCAGCCCGCUGCCACCCCCAGAACUUGAAGGUGGACGUGGCCUAUGGCUGCGGGUGUCAACAGCCCCCUCCCGCCUUCGCUCCAUCUGCAGGGAAGCUGGCUGCAAGCUCCAAGCUCACUGCUCGCCCUCCCCCUGCCCAGCUGUUUGUGGUUCGCGAGUUGGUCAUUCUGAUGCUUACUACAGAUCUGGAUGGAGAAGAUGAGAAAGACAAGGGGGCCCUGGACAACCUGCUCUCCCAGCUUAUUGCUGAACUGGGCAUGGAUAAGAAGGAUGUCUCCAAGAAGAAUGAGCGCAGUGCCCUGAAUGAAGUCCAUCUGGUAGUAAUGAGACUCCUGAGUGUCUUCAUGUCCCGUACCAAAUCUGGAUCCAAGUCUUCCAUAUGUGAGUCAUCUUCCCUCAUCUCCAGUGCCACAGCAGCAGCACUGCUGAGUUCUGGGGCUGUGGACUACUGCUUGCAUGUGCUCAAGUCACUGCUGGAAUAUUGGAAGAGCCAACAGAAUGACGAGGAACCCGUGGUGACUAGCCAAUUGCUGAAACCACACACUACUUCAUCCCCACCCGACAUGAGCCCAUUCUUUCUCCGCCAGUAUGUGAAGGGUCAUGCUGCUGAUGUGUUUGAAGCCUAUACUCAACUUCUAACAGAGAUGGUCCUGAGACUUCCAUACCAAAUCAAAAAGAUUGCUGACACCAACUCUCGAAUCCCACCUCCUGUCUUUGAUCAUUCAUGGUUUUACUUUCUCUCAGAGUACCUGAUGAUCCAGCAGACUCCAUUUGUGCGUCGCCAAGUCCGCAAACUUCUGCUCUUCAUCUGUGGAUCAAAGGAGAAAUACCGCCAGCUCCGGGAUUUGCACACCCUGGACUCCCAUGUGCGUGGGAUCAAGAAGCUGCUAGAAGAGCAGGGGAUAUUCCUCCGGGCAAGUGUGGUUACAGCCAGCUCAGGCUCCGCCUUGCAGUACGACACACUCAUCAGCCUGAUGGAGCAUCUGAAAGCCUGCGCAGAGAUUGCUGCCCAGCGAACCAUCAACUGGCAGAAAUUCUGCAUCAAAGAUGACUCCGUCCUGUACUUCCUCCUCCAAGUCAGUUUCCUCGUGGACGAGGGCGUGUCCCCAGUACUGCUGCAGCUGCUGUCCUGCGCCCUGUGCGGCAGCAAGGUGCUUGCUGCGCUGGCGGCUUCUGCGGGAUCCUCCAGUGCUGCUUCCUCGGCCCCCGUGGCUGCCAGUUCCGGACAAGCCACCACACAGUCCAAGUCGUCCACUAAAAAGAGCAAGAAAGAGGAAAAGGAAAAGGAGAAAGAUGGUGAGAGCUCAGGCAGCCAGGAGGACCAGCUGUGCACAGCUCUGGUGAACCAGCUGAACAAAUUUGCUGAUAAGGAAACCCUGAUCCAGUUUCUGCGGUGCUUCCUGUUAGAGUCCAAUUCUUCCUCAGUGCGCUGGCAGGCUCACUGCCUCACACUGCACAUCUACAGAAACUCCAGCAAAUCCCAACAGGAGCUCCUGCUAGAUCUGAUGUGGUCCAUAUGGCCAGAACUCCCGGCCUACGGUCGUAAGGCUGCCCAGUUUGUGGACCUACUAGGAUAUUUCUCCUUGAAAACUCCACAAACGGAGAAGAAGUUGAAGGAGUAUUCACAGAAGGCUGUGGAGAUUCUGCGGACUCAAAACCAUAUUCUUACCAACCACCCCAACUCUAACAUUUAUAACACUUUGUCUGGCUUAGUGGAGUUUGAUGGCUAUUACCUGGAGAGUGAUCCCUGCCUGGUGUGCAAUAAUCCAGAAGUGCCAUUUUGUUAUAUCAAGCUGUCUUCUAUUAAAGUGGACACGCGAUACACCACCACCCAGCAGGUUGUGAAGCUCAUUGGCAGUCAUACUAUCAGCAAAGUGACAGUGAAAAUUGGAGAUCUGAAACGGACUAAGAUGGUGCGGACUAUCAACCUGUAUUAUAACAACCGAACUGUACAGGCCAUCGUGGAGUUGAAAAACAAGCCGGCUCGCUGGCACAAAGCCAAGAAGGUUCAGCUGACCCCUGGGCAGACAGAGGUGAAGAUUGACCUGCCAUUGCCCAUUGUGGCCUCCAACCUGAUGAUUGAGUUCGCAGACUUCUAUGAAAACUACCAGGCCUCCACAGAGACCCUGCAGUGCCCACGCUGCAGUGCCUCAGUCCCUGCCAACCCAGGGGUCUGUGGCAACUGUGGAGAGAAUGUGUAUCAGUGUCACAAAUGCAGAUCCAUCAAUUAUGAUGAAAAGGAUCCUUUUCUCUGCAAUGCCUGUGGCUUCUGUAAAUAUGCUCGCUUUGACUUCAUGCUCUAUGCCAAGCCUUGCUGUGCAGUGGAUCCCAUUGAGAAUGAGGAAGACCGGAAGAAGGCUGUUUCCAACAUCAAUACUCUUCUGGAUAAAGCCGAUCGAGUGUAUCAUCAGCUGAUGGGACACCGGCCACAGCUGGAGAACCUGCUCUGCAAAGUUAAUGAGGCAGCCCCAGAAAAGCCACAGGAUGACUCUGGAACGGCAGGGGGCAUCAGCUCCACCUCGGCCAGUGUGAAUCGCUACAUCCUGCAGUUGGCUCAGGAGUACUGUGGAGACUGCAAGAACUCUUUCGAUGAACUCUCCAAAAUCAUCCAGAAAGUUUUUGCUUCACGCAAAGAGUUGUUGGAAUAUGAUCUGCAGCAAAGGGAAGCGGCCACCAAAUCAUCCCGGACCUCUGUGCAGCCCACAUUCACUGCCAGCCAGUACCGCGCCCUCUCCGUCCUAGGCUGUGGCCACACCUCAUCCACCAAGUGCUAUGGCUGCGCCUCAGCUGUCACAGAACACUGUAUCACUCUACUUCGGGCCCUGGCCACCAACCCAGCCCUGAGGCACAUCCUUGUCUCCCAGGGACUUAUCCGGGAGCUCUUCGAUUACAAUCUUCGCCGAGGGGCCGCGGCCAUGCGGGAGGAGGUCCGCCAGCUCAUGUGUCUCCUAACUCGAGACAAUCCAGAAGCCACCCAGCAAAUGAACGACCUGAUUAUCGGCAAAGUCUCCACGGCCCUGAAGGGCCACUGGGCCAAUCCCGAUCUGGCAAGUAGCCUUCAGUAUGAAAUGCUGUUGCUGACAGAUUCUAUCUCAAAGGAGGACAGCUGCUGGGAGCUCCGGUUACGCUGUGCGCUCAGCCUUUUCCUCAUGGCUGUGAACAUUAAGACUCCUGUGGUUGUUGAGAACAUUACCCUCAUGUGCCUGCGGAUCCUGCAGAAGCUGAUUAAACCACCUGCUCCAACCAGCAAGAAGAACAAGGAUGUCCCUGUUGAGGCCCUCACCACAGUGAAGCCAUACUGCAAUGAGAUCCACGCCCAGGCUCAGCUGUGGCUGAAGAGAGAUCCCAAGGCAUCCUAUGAAGCCUGGAAGAAGUGUCUUCCUAUCAGAGGGCUGGAUGGCAAUGGGAAAUCUCCCAGCAAAUCAGAGCUCCGCCAUCUCUAUUUGACCGAGAAGUACGUGUGGAGGUGGAAACAGUUCCUGAGUCGUCGAGGGAAGAGGACAUCCCCCUUGGAUCUCAAACUGGGACAUAACAAUUGGCUGCGGCAAGUACUCUUUACUCCAGCAACGCAGGCUGCACGGCAGGCAGCCUGUACCAUCGUGGAAGCUCUUGCCACCAUUCCCAGCCGCAAGCAGCAGGUCCUUGACCUCCUCACCAGUUACCUGGAUGAACUGAGCAUAGCUGGGGAGUGUGCAGCCGAGUACUUGGCUCUCUACCAGAAGCUCAUCACUUCCGCGCACUGGAAAGUCUACCUGGCGGCUCGGGGAGUCCUGCCCUACGUAGGCAACCUCAUCACCAAGGAAAUAGCCCGUUUGCUGGCCCUGGAGGAGGCUACCCUGAGCACUGAUCUGCAGCAGGGCUAUGCCCUUAAAAGUCUCACAGGCCUUCUCUCCUCCUUUGUUGAGGUGGAAUCCAUCAAAAGACACUUUAAGAGUCGCUUGGUCGGUACUGUGCUGAAUGGAUAUCUGUGCUUGCGAAAGCUGGUGGUGCAGAGGACCAAGCUGAUCGAUGAGACGCAGGACAUGCUGCUGGAGAUGCUGGAGGACAUGACCACAGGUACAGAAUCGGAAACCAAGGCUUUUAUGGCUGUGUGCAUUGAGACAGCUAAGCGCUACAAUCUGGAUGACUAUCGGACUCCUGUCUUCAUCUUUGAGAGGCUCUGCAGCAUCAUUUAUCCUGAGGAGAAUGAAGUCACUGAGUUCUUUGUGACGCUGGAAAAGGAUCCCCAACAAGAAGACUUCUUACAGGGCAGGAUGCCUGGGAACCCGUAUAGCAGCAAUGAGCCGGGCAUCGGGCCACUUAUGAGGGAUAUAAAGAACAAGAUUUGCCAGGACUGUGACUUGGUGGCUCUCCUGGAGGAUGACAGUGGGAUGGAGCUUCUGGUAAACAAUAAAAUCAUUAGUUUGGACCUUCCGGUAGCUGAGGUUUACAAGAAGGUCUGGUGUACCACGAAUGAGGGAGAGCCCAUGAGGAUUGUGUAUCGUAUGCGGGGGCUGCUGGGUGAUGCCACUGAGGAGUUCAUCGAGUCGCUGGACUCAACCACAGAUGAAGAGGAAGAUGAAGAAGAAGUAUAUAAGAUGGCUGGUGUGAUGGCCCAGUGUGGGGGUCUGGAAUGCAUGCUUAAUAGACUGGCAGGAAUCAAAGAUUUCAAGCAGGGACGCCACCUUCUAACAGUGCUGCUGAAAUUGUUCAGUUAUUGUGUGAAGGUGAAAGUCAACCGGCAGCAGCUGGUCAAGCUGGAAAUGAACACUUUGAACGUCAUGCUGGGGACUCUGAACUUGGCCCUGGUAGCUGAGCAAGAAAGCAAGGACAGUGGGGGUGCAGCUGUGGCUGAGCAGGUGCUUAGCAUCAUGGAGAUCAUUCUAGAUGAGUCCAACGCCGAACCCCUGAGUGAGGACAAGGGCAACCUCCUUCUGACAGGUGACAAGGAUCAACUUGUGAUGCUCUUGGACCAGAUCAACAGCACCUUUGUUCGCUCCAACCCUAGCGUGCUCCAGGGCCUGCUUCGCAUCAUCCCAUACCUUUCCUUUGGAGAGGUGGAGAAAAUGCAGAUCUUAGUAGAGCGAUUCAAACCAUACUGCAGCUUCGAUAAGUAUGAUGAGGAUCAUAGUGGGGAUGAUAAAGUCUUCCUGGACUGCUUCUGUAAAAUAGCAGCCGGUAUCAAGAACAACAGCAACGGGCAUCAGCUGAAGGAUCUGAUUCUCCAGAAGGGGAUCACCCAGAGUGCGCUUGACUACAUGAAGAAGCACAUCCCCAGCGCCAAGAAUUUGGAUGCUGACAUCUGGAAAAAGUUUUUGUCUCGCCCAGCUCUGCCAUUUAUCCUGAGGCUUCUUCGGGGGCUGGCCAUGCAGCACCCUGCCACCCAGGUUCUGAUUGGAACUGACUCCAUCACAAACCUGCAUAAGCUGGAGCAGGUGUCCAGCGAUGAGGGCAUUGGGACCCUGGCAGAGAACCUGCUGGAGGCACUGCGGGAGCACCCUGAUGUAAACAAGAAGAUUGAUGCAGCCCGCAGGGAGACCCGGGCUGAGAAGAAGCGCAUGGCCAUGGCCAUGAGGCAGAAGGCUCUGGGCACCCUGGGCAUGACGACAAACGAAAAGGGCCAGGUCGUGACCAAGACAGCGCUCCUGAAGCAGAUGGAAGAGCUAAUCGAAGAGCCAGGCCUCACGUGCUGCAUCUGCAGGGAGGGGUACAAGUUCCAGCCCACGAAGGUCCUGGGCAUUUAUACUUUCACUAAGCGGGUGGCCUUGGAGGAGAUGGAGAAUAAGCCCCGGAAACAGCAGGGCUAUAGCACCGUGUCCCACUUCAACAUUGUGCACUACGACUGCCACUUGGCUGCUGUCAGGUUGGCUCGAGGCCGGGAAGAGUGGGAGAGUGCUGCCCUUCAGAACGCCAACACUAAGUGCAACGGGCUCCUUCCCGUUUGGGGGCCCCACGUCCCUGAAUCAGCUUUUGCCACUUGCUUGGCCAGGCACAACACGUACCUCCAGGAAUGCACGGGCCAGCGGGAGCCCACGUACCAGCUCAACAUCCACGACAUCAAGCUGCUCUUCCUGCGCUUCGCCAUGGAGCAGUCGUUCAGCGCGGACACUGGCGGGGGCGGCCGGGAGAGCAACAUCCACCUGAUCCCGUACAUCAUUCACACUGUGCUUUACGUCCUGAACACAACCAGAGCAACUUCCCGAGAAGAGAAGAACCUCCAAGGCUUUCUGGAGCAGCCCAAGGAGAAGUGGGUGGAGAGUGCCUUUGAAGUGGAUGGGCCCCACUAUUUCACAGUCCUGGCCCUGCACAUCUUGCCCCCUGAGCAGUGGAGAGCCACACGCGUGGAAAUCUUGCGGAGGCUGCUGGUGACCUCACAGGCCCGGGCAGUAGCUCCAGGGGGAGCCACCAGGCUGACAGACAAGGCAGUGAAGGACUAUUCUGCUUAUCGUUCAUCCCUUCUCUUUUGGGCCCUGGUCGAUCUCAUUUACAACAUGUUCAAGAAGGUGCCUACCAGUAACACGGAGGGAGGCUGGUCCUGCUCUCUAGCUGAGUAUAUCCGCCACAACGACAUGCCCAUCUAUGAAGCUGCCGACAAAGCCCUAAAAACCUUCCAGGAGGAGUUCAUGCCAGUGGAGACCUUCUCAGAGUUCCUCGACGUGGCUGGUCUUUUAUCAGAAAUCACCGAUCCAGAGAGCUUCCUAAGGGACCUGUUGAACUCAAUCCCCUGACCACCCACUUGGACACCGCCAUUGACAAAGACUGAAGCUAGCUUGCCUUCCUCCCUCUGUUCCUCCCUCCCUGUGCAUUGACUCCCCCACGGGAUGCUGCAUCAUUACCCCCAUCUUUUCUUGGCGCGGCUUGGGGUUUUUAGGCUUCCUGUUUUAUCUUGUGUGUGUGAUGCACUAGCUAUGAAGUUGUCUGUAACCCAAGCCAUCGAAGGACCUGUACAUACCUAGGAGCCAUGAAUUGUCCUGGCCAACUUAAUACUUGAGUGUGCACAUCUUGAGAAAUAAACGAAUGACUUAAUACACAUUGAAAA